AGAGCGCGGCGCGCCAGCAGGUGGGAGCGUCCUCUCGCGCGCGUGCGCGCCCCGUGCCUUCUCCCUCACGUUCCCCGCGCGCCCCGUCUCCUCCCCGCCGGGCGCGCGCCGCCUCCUGCCCUCGCGCAGGGUCUGUCUCGGUCUCUCAGAGCCGCACGCUCCGCGGAGCUCCAGCCACUGCCGUCGCCUUGGCAGCGGCUCUCCAGCCCGGCGGUUCAGCAUCGGCCCUUCAGCGCCGCGUCCCAGGCCACCUCCCUCUCCUCCGCCACUCCCCUUUCCUUUCCCGCCCUUCUCUCCCACACGGUCCUCGGAGAGAGCCUGGAUACGAAGCAGGCGGACGUGAGAAGGGGGUUGGAAAAAUGGAGGUGCCGCGCCUGGAUCAUGCCCUCAACAGCCCCACCAGCCCCUGUGAGGAGGUGAUCAAAAACCUCAGCCUGGAGGCCAUUCAGCUGUGCGACCGAGAUGGGAACAAAUCACAAGACAGCGGCAUCGCAGAGAUGGAAGAACUUCCUGUGCCACAUAACAUCAGAAUAAGCAACAUCACCUGCGACUCAUUCAAGAUUUCCUGGGAAAUGGACUCAAAGUCAAAGGACCGCAUCACACACUAUUUCAUUGACCUCAAUAAGAAAGAGAACAAGAACUCCAAUAAAUUUAAACACAAGGAUGUUCCAACAAAACUGGUGGCAAAAGCUGUUCCCUUGCCGAUGACUGUCCGUGGACACUGGUUUUUGAGCCCAAGAACUGAGUACACAGUAGCAGUGCAGACUGCCUCAAAACAAGUUGAUGGUGAUUAUGUUGUGUCUGAAUGGAGUGAAAUUAUAGAAUUCUGCACAGCAGACUAUUCAAAAGUUCAUCUAACACAACUGUUGGAGAAGGCCGAAGUGAUUGCAGGACGGAUGCUCAAAUUUUCUGUUUUUUAUCGUAACCAGCACAAAGAAUAUUUUGACUACAUUCGAGAACAUCAUGGGAAUGCUAUGCAGCCCUCCGUCAAGGAUAACAGUGGCAGCCAUGGCUCUCCUAUCAGUGGAAAAUUAGAAGGCAUCUUCUUUAGCUGCAGCACUGAAUUCAAUACUGGGAAGCCACCCCAGGAUUCACCUUAUGGAAGAUACAGGUUUGAGAUUGCAGCAGAAAAACUUUUUAACCCCAAUACUAACUUAUACUUCGGGGACUUCUACUGUAUGUACACUGCUUAUCAUUAUGUGAUUCUGGUCAUUGCUCCUGUGGGAUCACCAGGAGAUGAAUUUUGUAAGCAGCGCCUUCCUCAACUAAAUUCCCAGGAUAAUAAAUUUCUGACGUGCAGAGAAGAAGAUGGGAUGCUGGUUUACCACCAUGCCCAGGAUGUCAUUUUAGAAGUCAUUUACACUGACCCCGUGGAUCUUUCUCUAGGCACCGUGGCAGAAAUCACUGGUCAUCAGCUCAUGAGCUUAUCUACUGCAAAUGCAAAGAAAGAUCCCAGCUGCAAAACCUGUAAUAUUAGUGUUGGACGUUAAUGCCCACUUUUCUUAUUCUGAGGCCCCCUUUCUUCCCGUAGGAGCCCUGAUCCUCUGUUGUCCAUUUUCAUCACCCAGAUGUUUUCCACUGAAGCAUGCACAUGCCACUGUCACCGAAAGCGAACCAUCACGUCUCAGAUUUCCGAGCUGUUGUAGUGUUUCCCAGUCCCUACCCUUCCCAUGACUUUGAGAGAUGAACUGUCCUGAGUUGUUUCUGAUACCCUCUUGCCUAGAUGCUGCAAUGUUUUUAUUUUUCCUCUAUGCCAAACAUAACCAAACUAUUAUAUAAACUGCUUUAGUAAAAUACAAAAUAAUGGCUUAUAAAUGGUGUUUAAAUAUGCUCUCAUUUUAAUCUACUGAACAAAUAUUGGGAUAACUCCAAACCGCAUGAAAAAGUGUAAUUGCAGCAUGAGUUAAAUCUUGAAGCCUAGAAUUGUCAGCACUUCCAACUUGUUGUUUGACAGUGUUAUUUAUGUUAUUUAUAUUAGCUAACAGGAAACAACUACUGUGUUUCAACAUAAUAAAUAUAAUAGAAAAAUAUUUUAUUUGUAUUGUUGUAUAAAAUAUUUACAAUCUUAUAGAAUAUAUAGAGUUACAUCUUAAUAACAAUUGUAUACAUGUCACGAAACCAUUUCCCUUAUCAAAGAUGUAGUUUGUAAACCUCAAAUAGUUGUGUAUCUGUCCUGUUACAAGUACAUAACUUUAAUUAAACAAAUUUGUGAAGGA